AUGGAUCAAGAAAUCUGGAAGGAAUUUCCCCAGGAUCUCUUUGAAGCUGUUGUUUCCAGACUACCAAUUGCUACAUUUUUCCAGUUCCGCACAGUUUGCCUUAAAUGGAAUGCUUUUAUUGAUUCAGAUAGCUUCUCCCGAUGCUGCACCGAGCUUCCUCAGACCAUCCCAUGGUUCUACACCAUAACCCAUGAGAAUGUCAACUCGGGACAAGUGUACGACCCUUCUUUGAAGAAAUGGCACCAUCCGGUUAUCCCUGCAUUACCCAAGAAGACUAUUGUUUUGCCAAUGGCUUCUGCGGGAGGUCUAGUUUGCUUCCUCGACAUUGGUCAUCGGAACUUCUAUGUGAGUAAUCCGCUGACCAAGUCUUUCAGAGAGUUGCCCGCUACGUCGUUUAAGGUAUGGUCUCGUGUUGCAGUAGGAAUGACUUUGAAUGGGAACUCCACAAGUCAUGGGUACAAGGUCCUGUGGGUUGGAUGUGAAGGAGAGUACGAAGUCUAUGAUUCCCUGAGAAAUAUGUGGACUAAACGAGGCACCAUCCCAUCCAACAUAAAGCUCCCGGUGUUGCUCAACUUUAAGUCACAGCCAGUGGCUAUCCACAGCACACUUUACUUCAUGUUAACAGAUCCCGAAGGGAUAUUGUCCACGACAUGGUCUCUGGGAAAUGGAAGCAGUCGAUCAUACCGGGCCCACCACACCUGA